UAAGUCCUCCCCUUCCCUUAGCCUCUGACCUGCUCAGGCACUCAGGCAGCAUGCAGCAAACAUUCCCAUCAGAUUGACCUGCAGCAGCAGCAGCAGCAGCACCAGCAGCAGCAGCAGUAGCCCAUGCCCAGUCCGUCCCGCCGCUGUCUGCCCUGCCAUCACCAAACACACACCUUCCACUGUAGGACACCUGGACGACUGCUGGAGCUGCAGCUGGACAAUUCUUCUCUAACUUUGAGGAGUCUUUAAACUGAGGAACUGCUUUAAGAAGCCAAACGUGUGGAUGUUUUUUGGGCUCAAGGGGAUUUUUUUUUUCUUUCCCCGAGGUGUCACCUGGAUUUUCUCUGAGACAUUUUGCAUCAAAACUCAGACUGGAAAGUUUGAGAAAGGACAUAAGUGAUUAAUUUGUGUUUAUCUAUUUGUGUGCGGGACACACUGCUGUGGGAAAAAUUUAUCUCCAAGAUGUUCUGCUCCAGUAGAGUCCUGCAACAGUGGUGCUUCGCUCUCUUCUUACUCUGCUCUCCAGUUCCACAUUAUGGGCGGCCAAUUGAUGCCCUGAGUAACAGAAUUAAGCGCUCUGUGACUCACGCCCAGCUGAUGCACGACAAAGGCCGGACGCUGCAGGACUUUAAACGCCGCAUGUGGCUCCAGGAGCUGCUGGACGAGGUGCACACGGCCGAGAUCCGAGAGCUCCCUGUGCCUGUGAGGACCACCAGCGGGGGCGGCGGCAGCAGCGGCGCCGGCGUCGGGCUGCCGGGGGUCGGCCUGGGCAUCCACCUGAGCACCACUGGCAGCACCCUGCACUCCAAGCCCCCCGGGGGGACCAAGAACAUCCUGACCUACCCGCUGGAGGAGGAGGAGGGCACCAACCUGCCGCAGGAGACCAACAAGUCCCAGACAUACAAGGCCCCCGGAAAGAAGAAGAAGAAAGGGAGGUCCGGCAAGAGGAGGGAGGGGGAGAAGAGGAAGAGACGGGCGCGCUCCCUGGGCUGGGGGCACGAGGACGAGCACGGGAGCGGCUUCCACCUGGAGUGGAGGUCCCUGCUCGGCCUACAGAGGGCGCUAAAACGCUAAAACGCUGUCAGACUCUGACAAAGAAACCCAUGGACAGUUGGAGCAGACUCCUAAAUAUUCAUGUUACAGUCUUCUGUAAUCGUGAUUGUUUGGAAAGAAAUUGGAAAAUAUUUAUUGUCUGUAAAUAUUCUAAAUAUAGCAGAAUAGAUAGCAGAAUAUGAUAUGAAAAAAAAAAACUUAUGGAUGCCCUGUGGGGCAACAGAUUUUAAUCUUUGUGAAUCCUUGCUUUUUUCUUUUUUUAUUCCAAUUAUGUCAGAUUUUUUUCUUUUUUUGCAGUAAUUUAUUUUGUCUGAAUGGUGUAUUUAUUUUGUAAAUGUAUCGAGGUGCUGCUGACCUUCUAUAUUUUUGUACCAUAAUGCACUUUAGAUAUAUAAAUAUAAAUAUAUAUACCAUUAAUUUUGUUGAUUGAUUUGUUUGAUUGAAAUGAAGAAAAAGACGAUGGUCGUCAUUCUGUGUUAUUUUUCAGUUCGAUUCUUGACUCUUUACUUUGUCCAGUUUUUGUUUCUUUGCUGCUGUUUUUCCUGAAGAUUUUCAGUCCACAAUGCGUCCUCACUCCGACUCCACCUGCUACCUUCAGUGUUUCCUCCACGACCAGCUCUGCGUCGCGAUGCCAAAGUCCAUAUUUGUACAUAAACCGAACACGUAAAUGGCUUAAUAUUGUUGUUUUUGGCACUUGCACUGAGAUAAAGACCCUGUACUGAACGGAUUAAAUAUUUGACAGUAUCUGA